GAUUGGGCGGCCUAUACUUUUAUUAAAUACAAAUACAAUUUUAUUAAAUGCAAAUAAUUAUCUCAGCCAUUUCUAGGCUAGAAUUCUGCCGCCCAUCCUCUCCACGGAGGGCGAAGGCUACAAAAACCGGCGACCAGAACAGCAGCGGGUUGAGGGAAGCUUGCGGGGGGCCGAGGAGGCUCACCCAGCGGGCUCUCUACCUACGUGGCUAAGAGCGACUAAGGACACCGAGAGCCAAGCAGAGGGGCCGGGCCAGCAGAGCUCCGCGUUCCCCCCCCCCCCCACCCCAAUCUCCGGGCAACCCCAAACAGCGGCCUCCGACCGGCGCGGCCCUGCCCGUGAAUGCGCCCCCCGCACCGCCGCCCUCCUUACCCGCCUCCCGCCGAAACUCUCGUGGAAAGACGCCCCACCGCCUCGGCACCGGAAAGCAUUCCCUGUUUAGCCCCCUGCAGCCCCCGAAGAAUUUACCUGUUACCUCAGGAAGCCCCGGUGGAGCCACGCUGGUGCCUCCUCUCCACUUAACCUUUCCUCCACCCUCUCACCACCACCACCACCACCACUGCCGCCAUGCCAGUGACACACCUGGAAGGAAUCAGGCCCCCUAUCCACGAGCAGAUAUCGGAGCUGCAAAGCAAGAUCCAGCUUCUAGAAGGUGAUCGUAAAGCUUUCUAUGAGAAUUCCCAAUGGAACAUCAAGAAGAACAAGGAGUCCAUUUUGCGGUUGAGGCAGGAGAAUAAGAAAUUGCAUCAGAGAUUGGCAGACCUCCUAGCGGGAGAGGAAAAAGUAAUUAAGGCUGCAUUCCAAGAACAUCCAAAUGAACAAGGAGCUGUGAAAAAUAAAACUGGGGAGGGUGCUAUUCAGAUAAUCAAUCACCGGCUAUGCGAGAAAAUAAAUCAGUUAAACAAUUUGAAGCAUCAAGUGGAGAUGAGGAAGCUCAGGCUGGAGGAGCUGCAAACUCAAUACAGUACCAAGGCACAAGAAAUCAAUGAUAUGCAAGAAAUGGAAGAAGGGAAUAUCGAGGCAGCCAAGACUCUGCGAACACUGGAGAACCGUUUGGAAAAGGCCCGAUUCAAGACUGAGGAGGCUGUACGCAUCACCAACAUGUAUAAGAAGCUAAAAGCACAUAUGCAGGAGGAAAGCUUGCACUUUCAGAACAAGCUGGAUGCCCUGGAAGCGGAAAUUUUACGUCUGCGCCAUGAGCUCCAAGAACUGGAAAGCGUGAACACUGAAGCACAACAUGCUCGCAACGUUGCUAGGGAGCAGCUUUUGACUCAAGAAGAAACCAUCUACCGAGAAAGAAAGAUUCGAGAUAAGAAACUGAAAGACAUAAAGAAAAUGACAGAAGAAAAGAGAGCACAGAACGAGCGUGCAGAAAGAAGGCACUCCCAGAAGGAUCGUAUCUCAUUUGGAACUGAAGAUCUGCUUAGAGAACCUCAGUUUAAGAAAUCAAACAUCUUGAAAACCAAACAGGCUGUGCUCACGGCCUCUGAAAACUUUGACAAAGUCCGAGCAGCCACUGGGGUCACCGAGGCUAAUGAUGUUGUGGCCUGCUUUCUGGCCCAAGAAGAAACAUUCAAACAGUUGGAGGAAAUGAAGAAUGAGAAUGAACUGUCCUUGGAACAGCUUAAAGAAGAAAAGGAAGCACUAUUACAUGAAUUAGAGCAUACUAAGUACUCAGGAGAGGCCCGGAAAGUAGGAGCUCAGAAUCUGAUGAAGGAGUUACAUGACCACCUACAAAAGGAAGAAAAGAGGCGUGAUGCAACCCAGGCUGAACUGGACAAGGUGAACCGGGUUCUGUUGAAUGCCAAGGCUGGCAUUGAACAUUUGGCUUCCAAAGUUCAGCAUAUCAAACUGGAAGAUAGCCGCUUCGCUUCCAUGGAGUUGGAUGAGAAAGCGAGUGAAUAUGUUCUUGAUCUCAUGGCCCAAACAGAAGAGAAAUUGGUGUACUUGGUGGAAUUCUUGAAGGACCGAGACAAGGCAGAACUUCUAAAGAGAAUUGAAGAAGUGGAGUUUCAUUCUAAACUUGAGAGGAGAUUGCCUGCCUUCAAUACCAGAGUGAAACUUCCCAUUGCGCAGAAGCAGGAUAUGUAUUAUGAUGAGGAGGACAGUGGGGAGGAGGAUGCUGAUGUGGUGACAAGGGCAGCUCUGAAACGUCAAUCCCAGCAAAUCAUUGAGGCCAAGACCAAACGUCGCACUCGCUACAGAAAGAAGGACGGGAAACCCUGAUCGCAUUCUGUGCGGCCCUUAGAACCUCCUUGGCUAUUAAAAGUGCUUCCUAGUUACUGGU